AUGGCUUUGGAACGGAACGCCAGCCUUGACCCCAGCCUCCCAGUCGGCAGCGCCCUGCAUGUGGGAAAUCCAGCCCUUGCACCGGCCUGGGCGUUCAGCUUAUGGCAUCCAGAGAAGCCAACAAAUGCCACAUGUUCCCCUUACGGGACAGGCCAAUUUCGCAUCAGAGUGUCACAGAGACCGAUCUGCCGUUCAAAGCCAGGUUUCACCUCAGCUGGCUGGAGAGGGGGCACAGCACAGAAAGGCAAAGUGCUUGCUGUAGUGAGGCAUUAUUGCCAGUGUGACCCACCAGUUCCUGUGGAAGGACCAGAGAUGACAGGUUGCAAUGCAGUAGAGAUUGGUAAUGGGCAACAUCUAUGGAUAGAACCAGAGCUUCAGACAACAAAUUCACCCAUGGAGCUUGUCAAUAUUGAACACCAAAAGAUGAUGGGAAAAGGAAACCAAUCAAGGACAAAAUAUCAUCAUCAGCUGAAAGUGGAAAAGAAGGCCAGGGCUGGAAUUUGCUCAGCUGCAGCUGCACCAUUGCAUGUGAAACUGAGGGUUGGGGGCCAAGAAGAGGGGAUGCAGAGACAGGUGAGAGAAAGUGGUGAGAAAAGAGAGGAAAAUAGGGAUGAUGGAGGAAAAGUGGUCAAGCGGUGGGAGGAGGGCACUUUAUAUAGUUGUGAAAGCAGUGAUAUGCGCCUUACCCGAUUUGGGCGACGCUAA